GUUGAUGACGUAAUAUUCAUGCGACCCCGGCUUUCUUCUUCACGUGUGGAUUUUCGACCUUUAAAUUGUUCAUAUUUAAUUUAGUCGUGUUGUACGCAUGUUUCGCAGGUGACAAUGCUUCUGUUGAGAAGAGUCGUGCACACGGCAGUGCGGAAAAACCUCUGCAGACAAUUUUCUGCCUCACAGAGUUACCUGCAAGAGAGGAAAGGUCUGGUCCUGGGUGUGUUUGAGGCUGAGGGGGAAGAGGGCCUUCAUCUGACAGAAGCAGCAGCACACUUCAAUCAGUCUGUGUCUGGAAAACUGUCAGAACUGCUGCAAAUAUCUGGACCUAAGCUUAAAAAAGGCAAAAGCAGAAUAUUUUAUGGAAUUCAUAAGGACUUCCCGUGUGUAGCAGUCAUUGGUUUGGGCAAAAACAAUGCAGGUGUGUGCAGGGCUGAGAACUGGGAUACCAGUAAGGAGAGCAUCAGACAAGGAAUGGCAGCUGGCUGUCAGUUACUUCAGGAACUCGAACUGAACUCGGUUGAGGUAGACGGAUGUGGUGAUGCCCAGUCGGCAGCAGAAGGGGCCAUGCUGGGUCUGUUUCAUUUCGACCAACUGAAGUCCAAGAAGAAGACCAAAGUAACAGUGCAGCUCCAUGGAAGUUCUGGUGCUGACAGCUGGGAGAAAGGUGCCGUUUAUGCUGAAGGCCAAAACCUGGCCCGACUUCUCAUGGAGGCUCCUGCCAAUCACAUCACUCCCACUGCUUUUGCUAACAUUAUCGAGGAGAAACUGGCCCCACAUGCCCAACGAGUCACAAUAAAUAAGAGAUCUCAGGACUGGAUGAAGGAGCAGCAGAUGGGAGCGUUCCUCAGUGUGUCGAAAGGUUCAGAGGAGCCUCCGGUCUUUUUGGAGCUUCAUUACAACGGGUCUCCUGACAGUAAACAGCCACCCCUGCUUCUCGUGGGCAAGGGCAUCACAUUUGACAGUGGUGGGAUUUCCCUCAAGCCCUCUCCCUCCAUGGAUGCAAUGAGAGCCGACAUGGGUGGAGCCGCCACGGUGUGUGCGUCCAUUGUCACAGCAGCUGCUCUGAAGCUACCAGUCAACAUUAUUGGUCUGGCUCCACUCUGUGAGAACAUGCCCAGUGGAAAGGCUACCAAACCUGGUGAUGUGGUUACAGCCAAGAAUGGGAAAACAAUCCAGGUUGAUAAUACCGAUGCAGAGGGCAGACUGGUUCUUGCUGAUGCUCUCUGUUAUGGACAUAAUUUCAACCCCAGAGCCAUCGUCAAUGUCGCCACUUUAACAGGUGCCAUGGAUGUAGCUCUUGGCUCAGCUGCAACUGGAGUCUUUACAAACUCUGACUGGCUCUGGGAGCAGCUCCACAAGGCUAGUGUUGUGACAGGUGACAGAGUGUGGCGGAUGCCUCUGUUCCAACACUACACCAAGCAGGUGACUGACAGCCAGCUGGCUGACCUCAACAACAUCGGCAAGUACAGUCGCUCUGGUGGCGCGUGCACUGCGGCGGCGUUUCUUAGGGAGUUUGUCACAGCUCCCCACUGGGCUCAUCUGGACAUCGCCGGAGUGAUGAGCAACAAAGAUGAAAUUCCCUACUUGAGGAAAGGCAUGUCCGGAAGACCAACGCGCACGCUGGUGGAGUUUGCUGCGAGGCUGGCCCACGAUGGCUGAGGAGGAGAGAAACGAAAAGGCCCAAGAAUUAAAGCGUAUGAAGUGGAACGAUUAAGUACAAAAGCUACAAAUACACAAACAUGUUGAGAUUGUGAUUUAUAGAAUUUUUAGCAAUAUUUUGUUUGACAUUUUGUGUUUAACUCGUAAUAAAGGUCAAAUUUAUGACUGA